GGGCAGAGAGAAGGGGAACAAUGCGGCAGCGGCGCCGCUGGAAUAACAUCGGGGCUGCCCUGGGGAAGGAUCCCGCCUUGGGAGGAGCUCUAGUUACAGUCUUGAUCACUGCAACUCCUCAGUAACAUUCCUGCCCGCUGACUCAUAGCAGACCUAAGUCUCAACUCUACAGAAUUUAAUAGCAAAAACAAUCUCGCUCACAGAAAGGCUGUGGAAUUCUUUGCAUCAGCGAGGAAGAUUUAACAAUUUUUCCUGAGAAUGAAGAUUUUGAAACUAUUUAAUUUCAUCCUUGCAAAUUGCUUAAUAACGGCCAUUGGUAACUCGACUCUACAGAGUUGUUUUCAAGAGCAGCUGAGGCUCAAGGCCCAGGUGAGACUUCUGGAGUAUCGUGUGAAACAGCAGCAGGUAAAAAUAGUGCAGCUCUUACGGGAGAAGGAGAUUCAAUACAGUGACACCGGAGAUGAAAACAGUGUUAUUGACCUGGGAGAAAAAAGACAAUACGCAGCAGAUUGUGCAGAGAUCUACAACGAUGGACAUAAACGCAGUGGAUUUUACAAGAUGAAACCUCUUCAGAGCCCUAGUGAAUUCCUCGCCUACUGUGACAUGUCAGAAGGGGGAGGCUGGACUGUUUUUCAGAGACGUUCUGAUGGCAGCCAGAAAUUUGAUAGAGUCUGGGCUGACUAUGAACAAGGUUUUGGAAAUUUUGUUUCAACAAAUGGUGAAUACUGGCUUGGCAAUAAAAAUCUUCACUAUCUCACCAAUCAAGGAAACUAUACCCUAAGAAUUGAUCUCUCUGAUUUUGAAGGAGAACGGCGCUUUGCACAAUAUAAACGCUUCAGAGUUACAGAUGAAGAGAGCUCAUACCAGCUGAGCUGUGGUGAAUACUCUGGCACAGCUGGUGACUCCCUAACUGGGGGGUUUCACCCUGAAGUGAAAUGGUGGGCUGAUCACCGAGGAAUGAAAUUUAGUACACGAGACAGAGACAAUGACAACUAUGAAGGGAACUGUGCUGAGGAGGAGACAGCUGGCUGGUGGUUUAACAGGUGUCACUCUUCCAACCUGAAUGGUGUGUACUACAAAGGACCUUAUACAGCAAAGACAGACAAUGGAAUUGUUUGGUACACAUGGCAUGGGUGGUGGUAUUCUCUGAAAUCUGUUGUUAUGAAGGUCAGACCAGCAGACUUUGAACCCAAUGUUGUUUAAAUAUCUAGUUAAUAUAAUUCAUCCAGUUAAUCUUUUAGCAAAUCCAUUCAAAUUAAGCCAGAUGGGCAGAUUUCUCCCUCCACCAGCCCCGCUCCCCUGCCUCAUUUAUGCCUGUAUAAAUCUGGAAUAACUUCAUUAAAAUCAGUGGUGUUAUAUGGGUAUAAAUGAGAAUAGAAUCUGGCCUUGAGCCUGGAGAUACAAAUAACUUGUAUGGGAUUGCUAAAGAGACCGGUCAACAUUCACCCAGGGUUUAUGGCAACUUUCACCCAUGUAGAAUACUUAGCAGUAGAUCCCUAGAAGAAGGGGGAACUUCCACUUGACUGACAGGCACAAGGGGGGCCAGGACUUCCCCAAAAGCGAGCGGUAUUGGUCAGGAAGGAGGAGUGCAGUGCUAUUAUAGCCUCUGCUGGUGAGGUUCCUUUGGAAUCCCCAGUGGAAUUCAAAGCAGCCUACAAUGCUAGAACCUCUGAGGAACGACAGCAGUGGGAAUCACCUGUCCUUUCCUAGGACACAAGAGACUAGGCUGGUACACAGGUGCAAUUUGUACCUUCUGUGCCUUCUGGAGAAUGGGGUACAGGAGGGGGUGCCAACUUGGCCCACACUAUUUUGGACUUUUUUCAUUUGGAAACCAUCUAUAUCGAAAUCUAUGCACAAUAAAUAGGAUUUAAUGGAAAAAUUACAAAAUAGAUUCACUCUAUUGUCCUAAAAAGCAAUGUGACUAUAUAUUACACAUAAAAAUGACAUUAAAAUCAUGUUAUAGGCGCCUCGUUUAGUGCACAGAAUGGACUGUUUCUGGGAAUUAAUCCUGGUUGUGUAGAAUGAAGGUGUUGUAUGUAGGAGUCCUGUGUCAUUUGCUGCAGAAGUUGAAAGAUGUGUAGUGAAUGAGGCAGUAGCUUGAAUGAAGAAAAAGGAUGGUCUUGUGGUUAAGGCCCUUUCGUGCUGCCCUGGAAAAUUGGGUUCUAUCCCUACUGCUACCAUAUAGUUCCUAUGUGAUGUGAGCAAGUCACUUAAACCAAACUUUUCACAGAUGGCCACUAAUUGUGGGUUCCUCAUUUUCUGGGUGCCUGACUUGGGCACUCACAGCUGCAACUGAAGUCAAUGGGAGCUGUGCUUUGAACAUACAGAGUGCUAUAUAACUCAAAGCACUCUGAAAAAUCAGGUCCUAGUUGUUUCAAAUUGAGCAUCCAAAAUUAAUGGUUCUGGAGCAAUUUGUAUACUGAGGGUGCUGAGAGCCAUUGAACCAAACUGUAAACUCUGUAUGUGAUUGACACCAUUUCAAACCAUGCUGCACCCUUAGUUCCAGCACCUAUGAGUGGACAUGCUGUGCACUGAAUGGGGCAGGGGUCCAGUGGAAAAUAUAAUGUAUGAUCCUGUAAUUAAAGACUGUAUCAUAAUACAUACGCACAGGGGAGCCAAAUUAAGGUUACAUGGGCAACUUUAAUUCUGGCACUUCCUAGCUUUUGAGUGCUUGCUUUAGCAAACGUAACAUUCUUUUAACGUAGUUUUUGUGUGUAAUUUUAAAGAAAAGCUGAACCCAUUUCCAUCAUGACACCCAGCAGGGUUGGAACCUUUAGAUCCAUAGCACAGACUUCUGCCACUUGAGCUCACGGAGUAACUGAUAGUAGCAGUAGGUUAUCUUCUACGUGAACUAAUGACUAGAGGGGGAAUGGAACACUCCCUUUUCCAGAGGGUUUCACAGAUAUUUGCAGACAGCAGAGGAAUGCUGAGUCUUCAGAAUCUUGACUUUCAGUCUAAAUUCUGACGUAUAGCAUGCUUUACAGGUAACAGACCCUUGUGACCCCCUCACCUCAACAAGACUGCCCCCUUCUACCACUUGUCCCUUUAGCCUGUUCCUUUUCCAGUCCUGGCUCUCCCCCUCCUUGCAGAUCCUUUCCUAACUAGUCCCAGUCUAGAUCCUCCCAGAAUCCUCGCUCCAUUCCCAUUGUCCUUGCCCAGUCACAUCCAGGCUCCCCGUCCAAGCCACAGUCUUCCCCGACCCAGGCUCCUUGUCCCAGUUUCCUUGCUCACUCAGUCCCAUUUCCCACCCCCAGCUCCUCAUCCAAUCUCAGUGUAGCGUCCCUCCCCGCCCCUGGCUUUCACUCCAAGUCUCUGCCCAGCCAGUGUCCUUGUUCCACUCUACUCUCUCUUGUGUCCCCCCAAUCUGGCUCUUGUCCCUUCAGCAUUCAAGUCAGGAAAUUUCUGUCUCCAUACUGCCUGGGGGUUUGCAGGGGAGUGCUCAUGAGCACGGGAGAGACAGCCUUCCUGCUCUCAGUCCUUACUUCCACUCUCACAGCCAGAAGCAGCAAUUUCAGGCAAAGUUCUACUCUGCCCCAGUAGCCCUAAGAUGUAGUAUGCCCAAGGCAAACUGAGUCAUUAGAGAACUGAGCUGCAAAAGUCUAAGUCUCUGCUGAGCAUGUGUAAACUGAGAGUUUUCAAAAGCUUAUAAUUUGGCCAGAUUUGGGUGGGGGUUUUUUCAAGGAUAAGCAAAAGAUACAUCCCUGGCUUGUAUUUUUCAAGUUCCUAUUCCAAAACAUGGACAUACUAGAGCUUUUCAACUGAACAGCUGUAAGAAUUUAUUUCGGGGAAGGGGUUGGAAUGGGGGCAGGGCCGGGGCAGCAGGGUCAGUGAUGCGGCCCUCAGGCCAAUGUACUAGUCCUCAUGUGGCCCUCGUGCUCAUUUGAGUUUGAGACCCCUGCUCUAAUGGUUAGAAACCUUCACCUAAUUUCAAGCCUAAACUGUUGAUGGCCAGUUUAUAUCCAAGUUUUCUUGUGCCAACAUUGGCUCUUAACUCUGCUCCCUCCCUUGUGUUUAUCCCUCUGAUGUGUUUAUAGAGAGCAAUUAUAUCUCCCCUCAGCCUUAAUUUCAUUAGGCUAAACAAAUCAAGCUCCUUGCACCUCACCUCAUAAAGGAGAUUCUCUAUUCCUCUGACCAUCCUAGUAGCCUUUCUCUGCACCUGUGGGGGGGUGGAGGGUGAGAAAACCUGGAUUUGUGCUGGAAAUGGCCCAACUUGAUGAUCACUUUAGAUAAGCUAUUACCAGCAGGACAGUGGGGUGGGAGGAGGUAUUGUUUCAUGAUCUCUGUGUGUAUAUAAAGUCUGCUGCAGUUUCCACGGUAUGCAUCCGAUGAAGUGAGCUACAGCUCACGAAAGCUCAUGCUCAAAUAAAUUGGUUAGUCUCUAAGGUGCCACAAGUACUCCUUUUCUUUUUGCGAAUACAGACUAACACAGCUGUUACUCUGAAACCUGUUCUACUUUGAAUUUCUUUGCUUGUCCAUGUUUAAGAGAGUUGCGCACAGUAUUCCAGAUGAGGUCUCAUCAGUGCCUUGUAUAAUGGUAAUAACGCUUCCCUAUUUCUACUGGAAAUACCUCGUCUGAUGCAUCCGAGGAUUGCAUCUGACUUUUUCCAUGGCCCCAUAACAUUGGCAGCUCAUAGUCAUCCUGUGAUCAACCAAUACAUCCAGGUUUUUCUCCUCCUCUUUCACUUCCAACUGUUAUGUCCCCAGGUUAUAAGAAAAAAUUCUUGUUGUUAGUCCCUAAAUGCAUAACCUUGCACUAUUAAGUUUCACCCCCUUUCUAUUACUCCAGUUUUCAAGGUUAUCCAAAUCUUUUUUUAUGAUAUUCUGGUCCUCCUCCAUAAUUGCAACACCACGUCACCUUGUCUCAUUUGCAAAUUUUAUUAGCACACUCCCACUUUUUGUGCCAAGGUAAUGAAUGAAAAUGUUAAAUAAAAUUGGUCCCAACAUUGAUCCCUGAGGAACUCCUCUAGUAACUUCCCUCCAGCCUGACAGUUCACCUUUCAUUAUGACCCACUGUAGUGUCCUCUUUAACCAGUUCCUUAUCCACCUUUCAAUUCUUAUAUUAAUCCCCAUCUUCUCCAAUUUAACUAAUAAUUUCCCAUGUGAAACUGUAUCAAUUGAUUUCCUGAAAUUCAAAUAGCUUAAAAUCUACUGCAUUUCCUUUGUCUAGAAAAUCAGUUGUCUUCUCAAAGAAAGAGAUCAGGUUGGUCUGGUAUGAGCUAUCCAUUGUAAAAGCAUGUUGUAUUUUAUCCCAGUUACUGUUUACCUCUCUAUCCUUACCUUCUCUGUCUUUCAAAAUUUGUUCUAAGACCUUGCAUACAAUUCAGGUCAAACUAUAGUUUCCCAUGCCACUUUCUCCCCGACCACCCUUUUCAUAAAUAUAGGUACUAUAUUUGCAGUUCUCCAGUGGGGUAUGGCCCAUAGUUUACAGAUUCAUUAAACAUCCUUGCUAUUGGUCUUGUAAUUUCAUGUGCCAGGUCUUUUAAUAUUCUUAGAUUAAGACAAUCCACAGCUUCCAAUUUGGUCCCAUUAAGUUGUUUGAGUUUGGCUUCCACCUUGGAUCUUGUAAUUUUUACUUAUCUUCUUUCUCAUUAGACACCCUGCUACUGUGCCCAGGCUCUUCAUUCUUAAGAACUGAGGCCACAUAUUCAUUUAGGUGGUGGGCUAUACCUAGAUUAUCUUUAAUCUCCAUCCUAUCCUCAGUGUAAGGCCCCAGAAGUCUAGAACUCGGGCUAGUAGAGCUCCUAGGCAACUGAAAGCUCCAGGCUGCCAUCCAACAGCAGCUGUAACCAAUUUGCACUACACAUCCCAUGUCCUGCUGUGGACACAGACCACAGGAAGUUCUGCCUCAAGAGUUUGAUAGACAGCAGCCCCAUGGUUCCUGAUUGGCUCCCAAGAAGUUUCCAGGCAAUAAUGUGGAUCUUCUGUAGUGGUUAUUACUUAUUCAUUGCUCUUGAAUUCCUGGUAUUGGUGUGAUUCUCCAACCUUGCCCCUUCUGGAUGCAAAUCUUUUUGUCUUCUGUUCUCACUUGCAAUCUUCUGAGAAAAGAAAAAAGAAAAGGAGUACUUGUGGCACCUUAG